ACCAAUAUGGCAGUGAUACGUAUGACAACUGCAACUCCACUACACAGCUAGGAAAUAAUAACUUAUUAUUUGUUCAUAAUACUUUAUUUGCACAUAAUGUCGACCCCGGGGCGCGGGCGCGGUUACUCCGGCCGCCACCAUCUGCGCUCCCCCAGGCCCGGCGACGACGAUGCGCGCGCCUUGGCUGAAUUGAGCCCAAGAGCUACAGCUCCCAUGUUCACAGACAAAGAGCCCAAACAGGAGAAAGAGAAGGAAGAUGUGGGAGACAAGGAGAGGAAGAGAGAGGAAGUGAAGUAUCAUGUGACCGGGGAAGAUGAAACGGCUAUGAAAGAGCUGCUCCAGAUUGAGGAGCAGUACACUCCGCUUCUGACAUUGUUGGAACAGUUCUCGCCGGGCGAGGACGGCAUCGCGUUUAACAGAAAGUUGAAAAAUUUCGAGACUACGGUGUCCAGCAUAUGUCCUGAUGAGACGCGUCUGCAACAAGCUUUCGGGUCGUUCCGCGCGGCGGCGCUGCUGUCGGCCGUGACGUCACGCAAGCUGGCGGCCGUGGGCGCCUCCUUCACGCGCCAGUCACGACAGCAGUUACUGCGCGGCGCUCUACUAAACGUCGUUAUGCAGGGGACAUUCUCUAAAUUGGACGUGCUAGAAAGAGCCAAUCCGCUAUUCCUCAUUAAUGCUGCUAACCUCAUGGGGGAUUAUUUCGCUGAAGCGCGUCUAUGCAACGGUAAUAAGGUGCACAUCCUGGCCGGUCCACUGCUGCAGUACAUGAAGGCGCUGCUCGCGAGUGAUGACAUUCGCGCACAUCGCAGUCUCGCUACGCAGUUAAUGCAGAAUGGCAGAGAACUCCUCUCAGUUUUAUCACAAGAGUUGGAUGAGCUCUCCAUAUCCAUCCGUCUCCGUCUCCUCUCCCCGCCUCCCUCCAGCAUCAUCUGGCUCCUGCUAUCCGCAGACCUCUGCCUCAACAAGUUCCUCCCGCUGCCCAACACGCUACAACAGUUCUACGCUGCACACCUAGACCUAGCCUCCGAAGAUAACUACAGCGAAGUCAGCUACGGAUCGUGGAAGAAAAGCCCGGAGAAAGAAGAGUAUAACAGAACUGAUGUCAGCUCAGACUUAAGCGACAAAGUCUCUCAGAACAUCUCUCAAAUAAGCCUCGACGGGGACGGAGAAAUGAAACCCAAACUAAGACCUAUAUUAGGUGCUGGUGCCGGACUUCUAAGACAGGAACAAGCUUUAUCCGUCAGCCAAGAUAACUUUGAGACUUGGACUAGCAAAAACAGUCUUAGCAAGCGAUAUGAUUUGAACUCUUGGCGGCAGGAAGAGGAAAAGAAAGAGGAGGAACCUGUGUUCAACCCUACUGUUCUACCCCCAAAUCUACAGAACUAUCCAGUUACUGUCCCAGAUUACCCACCACCUAACGUACCAAAUGUUAACAGAUUCAACAACUACUUGCAAGAGAAUUAUCCUAACUAUUUACAGCAAGGCGACGGAGCGUACAUACAAAACUCGUAUACCUCUAACACUAAUUUCAACUCUCAAGGAGAUGGUUUCGUUCAACAGUUCCCAAACGACCGACCAGCUCCGGAGAGAGUCAACAACGAAGUACAAAAAACAAGCGCCAGGCGGCCUGUAGAAAACUGGAGGAAAGAUAAAGAGGUCGAAGAUCCAAACAAAAAUAGACAGAGGAAUUGGACUCGACAGCGCUCUAAAGAUAGCGUAACUGAUGAAAAAGAGCCAGAAAAAGAGGAGAGAUACCGAUCGAACUCUAGAAGUUCCCGAGAGAAAGUCCCCGGUAGAUUCCGGCGUAACAGCACAGAGAAUCCAGACGGAGCUGUGAGCGGUACCGGCAAGACUCCACCCAGAAGACAUGUCUCCGAUGUCCCGAGGAGUCAGAAAUAUUGGGACCACGACGAUAGAUGUGACAAAGAUUAUAGCAGUUAGUGAUUUAAAUAUAAAAUAAUUCUAGUAAAAUUUUAAGUGACUGUGUGAAAUUCAUGUGGGUUUUGCGGUAGCCAAGAUUUCUGAUUCCUACGAAAGCAAUGUGACUACAAAUAUUAUAAUCAAAUUUUUUUUCAUAAACCAGGGAUAAAUUAAUGAAGAGUGAUAAAUCAAACACAAAAAGCAAGAACAAGAAAACAAGGGGUUUUUGUAUAUUAUAAAAAUAAAUAAAUAAAUUAUUAUUUUCUUCUCACUGAUCAUUGAUAACAAAAAAUAAGAGAUUUCAUUUCUGUGUCGUCACUCUUUUGAACACAAAAUAAGUUGUUUACAUGUAGUACAGAUGUAGUUCGUAAUUGUUUUCCAUCGUACUUUCUCGGAAACGUUCGUAUUUGUCAUGCUACUUCAGCCAACCUCAGUACUUUUUGUGCCGAGACUGACUGAAAUAGCAAGACAUGUUCGUACGUUUCCCUGAAAUAAUUAUGCACUAUAACUGUGGUGCUACUAUUUUUUCAAGGGGUGUACUUUUACACCAGCAUCAAUGUAAUAUAUAAAAAGAUGAAAAAUGCAUGCCUCAGAAAUUGAAAAAGUGACAACUUUGCCCAUGUAUCAGAAACAGGAAAGUUUUAACUUUGCCUGACGACGAAAUAAAAGUGACUCCAAGUCUCCUAAAUUCUGUUAUCAGUUUCAAUUUGCUGCCAUCCCACAUAUCGUGGCGAUCCUUAUACGAAUGUCAUAGAGUUCAUAUUGGCAGGGCAAUAGUAAUAACCUAUGUAAUUUUCAGAUAUUUAUAAAAAAGCGAAAGAUAAUUUUGAUUGGUCUUAAAUAGAUCACGUUGGUGAAGUAGAUAAAUGAAGUUUAUUAAUAAAAUGGUUGCUGAAAUAUUAUCAAUUUUGACUAAUGUUACAAAUAACGGAUUUAAAGUUAAGUCCAAAAGUAGCAUCGUAGUCUUAAAUAUUAGGUUUAUUAAAACAAGGUAACCAAAUAAGUCAGUUGGGUUGUUGUUAACUUUGAACUAUGAUCCUAUCAAAACAUGAAACCUGAAUUAUUCCCCUAACCUAUACAGCAUAAAAAUAAACUCAUUAUUUUUCAUAUUUUACAAAAAAAAAACUAUCAACUAGCAAAAUUUUGUUUAAAAAAUCAAUUAUUUUCGUAUAUACAUCCCGGGACCUUUAUCCCUUUAUAUUAUUUGCUCAAUUCUCUACAAUCAGUACCUUAAUUCAUGACAAAAAUAGAAAUAUUCCAAUAGAUACAGGAUUUAGAUAUUAAUGAUGUGAUUCGCAUUUUUGUACCAUCAAAUCUGUCAACUUUGCCCUUUAAUUUUUUGUGCAAAAAUUAUGCUAAUCAAUAAACAUGGCCGAAGUUGAAAAUUUGAUGGUAACAAAUUUGCGGAUUAUGUCUGUAAAGAAUAUAGUUAUACUUAUAAAAUAAACGAAGGUUAAUUUAAUACACUUUAGUAUAAUAGAAAUAAAUAGGUACACUACUAGACACUCCAAUAGAUUUACUCAAUUAUGAAUACACAUAUUCUAAAUUUGUGUUGUAUUUCAUAAAGACAGUGCUCAUAUUAUUUCCAUUGUAACAUUAAUGAAAUGCAUAAUAUUAAAUUAAUUUGUGUAAUUAGUCCAUAAUCUAGAUGUUUAUUUAAAUUAUAGUCAUAGUUUUUCUAUGUAAGUUAGUUCGGUGCAUUUAUAUGAAACUAAAAACAUCAAAGAAAUGGGUUGUCUAUCGCAGAAUAAUGACAAUCAAAAUACUAUUAAUAAUAUGCACAGUCUGCAUAAUAUACUAGUUAAUCAAAACUAGACGUUGGGCAAAUCAUGUUACUGUAUAUUACAUGCCGAUUUCUAAACUAGGCGCAUAUUUGCCUUAAAAAUCAAGGAAUAAAAUGAAUUAAAAUAGGUAUGAAAUCCUAAAGUACUUAGUGUUAGUUAGGAAUUUAGGAAGUAUGGACAACCCAAUAUAGGCUCCAAGAUUUCAUAGGAUAA